GGGCUCUAUUCGAGUCUUUAUUCAAUUGACGAUAAGAAAAGGCAUCACAAUAUGCAAAAAGCUAAUAACUAAUAUAUCAUUGAUUCUCUAAAGGCAAUCGGACAUUUAUAAAAAAAAAUUCGUAAAAAUACACGAGUAUUUGUUUCACACAUUUUGGCGACAGUGUUUUAUUAACAAAAUUAAAAAUCAUCUUAAUGCUUUCGCCUUUCACAUCAAUGGAUGGCCGUGUGUGAUUUUAAUUUGUAAAACGUUUGCAUAAUGAUUUGCAGAAAUGGAUUGAAUCUUCAGAUAAGAAAUUGCAGGCAAUUUUUCACAAGUAUGAGCUAAGUUUGCUUUAGACUGUUUUACAUUUUUGAAAUAUAUUUUUGUGAAUAUAAUUUUUUGUUGAAUUUUAUAUUAUUUUUUUCACUCAUUAUUUAUCAAGGUUUCUUUUGUAUAGAAAUAUAUAAAAAUUAAAUAUGAAUGUAAUUUGAUUAGAUACUUUAUUAUUAAAAAUGAAGAAUUUAAGUGAGGAAAAUGUCCAAGAGUCGUCACGAAUUAAACAAUUUCAUGCAAAACUCAAACUGCAGCCUAUACCAAAAGUAAAAUCGCGAGAACGAUUUGUCGACUUGGUAUUAGUGGAAACUGAUCCCAAAACUGGAGAGUUAAUAACGAAUAGCGAGAAAAAUCCUACUAAAUGGGGAGAUUGGCAGAACGGUGGUAGAGUCAGCGAUUUUUAAAAAAGACAUCGCAUACAUUUUUUUAUAAACUAAAUAUAUGUGUGAAGAACUCGAAAAAAAGAAUCCUUUUAUUUUUCGAUAUAUAAAAUGCGAACUAUAUUUAUCCCUGUAACUAUUUGUGGAAAAUAAAUUCACAUUUAAUUUUUUCGAAAGCCAAUGCAACUGAAGCAACAUAAAUUAAUAUUUCUUAGAUGCAAGAGAAUAUAAAAUUGAUGUGUAUUAUGCAUAUAUAAGAAAGUACCUAUGUAAAACGAAGAAUAGUUUAUCAGCAUGGUAAUAAAUUACAUUAUACAAGAGUUUUUUUUUUCUAGAUGGUGUUCUAUAUUAGAUAUAUUAUUAAUUUUAAGUCAUUUUCUCGUAAAAAGUUACUGGCACUAUAGUAAUUUACAUAGAGAAGCAGUCAUUAUGAUUAGUGUAUGAAAAUAUAUGAUACUUUGUGUGUAUGCCUCAAGUACUAAAUAAUAUAUAUACACACUACAAGAUAACAAAUGUUUUAUACAUUAAACCAAUUAAACUUUUCAUUAGAAAUGAAUUAAUGAGUAAUGAAUGUAAAAAUCAAAUUUUUGUGUAAAAAUGUGAGGCAUUAUAACUGAAUUUAAAAGUAAUCUUUAUGCUUUUGUUAGUAAAAUGUAUUCCAAUGUCAAUAGCAGCGAAAAUUUAUUUAGCUAAGACAUAUAAUAAGUUCAGGACUCCAAUAUUAAGCCGUUCGCGUGUAGAAAAAGAGAGCGUAGUUAAUUCUACAAAUAUAAUAUCGUAGAAACAUAUGUACAGAAUACUAGUAAAAAUCUUGUUUCGUAUUUGUUCCAGCAUAUACGUUUUGAAAAUUCUCUCCCAAUCGUAUCAAGAAAAAUUGUUCCUAAAAAAUAAUCUUCUAUGAGGUAUCAUAUUGUUGCAUACAAGAUGGAAAGGAGAUUCUGUCCUUUUUUACUAUUAUAUAUAGAUAAUAGUAAAUAAAUCAUCUGAUUAAUUUUACUAAGUUCUUUUUCGAUAUCCUCCAAGAAUAUUAAAGCAGUAUUAAUAAAAGAGCGCGACACACGUAUCACUUCAAUGUUUCGCAGAGAUUAUUGUAGUUUCUAUAUACAUAUAUAACUUUCCACACUAUAUAGGCAUUUUCGCGCGCGCGCGCGCGAUGAAGAGUUCAAUUUUCUUUUUGUAUUUCUUGAUACAAGAAUAUGUAUUAUUUGCGCUAUACAGAAAGUAUAAAAUUUUGUUCGAAAAGUGAAAAUGAAAAUUAGCACAGAACGUAUUUACAUAAUGAUUGUUUUCUAUAUAAUACGUUUUUUUAUGUAUGUACAUAUAUCGUAUAUCUAAGCAAUAUACGGUCAAAAGUUUUGAGAACGUAAUUUUUUUAACAAAAAUUAUAAAUAGAAAGAUAUAAACAUUUAAAAAAAGAAAAAAAUUUAUCGCUCUCUAAUUAUAGGAAUUUCGAAUUAAAUACUUAAAAUAAUUAUCGAGAUUUUCAAAAUCUUUUAUAUUAAAAUUUCAAAUAAAUGUAUCUCAAACUCAUACAUAAUAAAAUUAAGAAAAAUUAGAUAUUAUAGGACAAGAAACAAAUUCUCUAAAUAUAAAUAUUGUAACAUUCAAAUGAUUGAAUAUAGUCAGUCUUUCGUCUAGCGUCAACGGAUCUGUAUAGUGUAGGUUGCAUCACGCGUCAAAAAUUAUAAAUCUUAACAG